AUGGCGAGAGGGCAGAAGUGGAGCUGCGGUGGUGCGGCGACGGCAGCAACAGGGGUGUCGCGACCUUCCCGAAUUCUUUUGAAGGAUUCACCCUGGCUUGUUGCUGGAGACUUUAAUGCCAUAAAGGAUCCAUCUGACAGAAUGGGGGGCUCUAAUGCCUGGAUCCCGUACUUUGAUGAAUUCGCCAAUUGCCUGGCCCAGUCAGAAUUAGAGGAUCUCGAUUUGCAUUUUGAUCACUCUCCCAUGGUGGUCAGAAUUCUUGACCCUGUGAUUAAGCGAAGACCCUUCAAAUACUUUGAAUUUUGGUCGGAGCAUCCAAACUUUACCUCUAUUGUGCAACAGAUUUGGGAUUCACACAUACAGGGCAUUUAUAUGUACAUACUAGUUUCCAAGCUGAAAUUGCUCAAGGGAAAACUUAAGCAACUCAACAUGGACACUUUCUCUAAUAUCUCAGCUAGAGCGGAGGAAGCUAGGGAGAGCCUUCAGUUGGUACAAACUGAACUGGUCCUUGAUCCGCAAAACCCACAGUUGGCUGAGCUCGAGCAGACACGACGGGCAGUAACCGUGGACUUGCGCCGUGAUGAAGAAUCCUUCUACGGGCAAAAGUCCAGAAUUCGGUGGCUUAAAGAAGGCGAUAGUAAUACAAGAUUUUUCCACCUCUCGCUGUCUAAGCCCUCCUUACAGGAGGUUACAGAUUACAUCCGGAGGCCUUUGACUAUGGACCAGGUCAGUACUCUUUCUAGGCCGGUUCUUGAUAUGGAAAUUCGUGAUACACUUUUCUCUCUCCCGAGAGGUGAAGCCCCAGGUCCUGAUGGGUUCACAGUGGAAUUCUUCAAGAGUAAUUGGGACAUAGUUGGCCCAUCUGUCCUCGACGCGGUCAAGGAAUUUUUUUCCUCCAGGCGACUCCUUAAGGAGGUCAAUAAUACUAUUCUCACCUUAGUUCCAAAAGUGCCAAAUGCGUGUGCGGUCACGGACUACAGACCAAUUGCAUGCUGCAAUACCAUCUAUAAGGUGGAUUUCCAAAAGGCCUACGACACUGUCGACUGGGACUUCCUUCAGCUGACACUCUUAGCCUUUGGAUUCCCUCAGUUUAUGAUCAAGCUGAUUAUGGUGUGCGUUCGGACCCCCAAGUACUCAAUCUCGAUUAAUGGUGAGCUGCACGGAUUCUUCUCAAGCGAGAGGGGCCUUCGCCAAGGCGACCCCAUGUCCCCUUACCUCUUUACCCUAGUAAUGGAGCUAGGCAGAUUGGGGUUCGAUCACAUUACUGAAGAAAGGACUCGACUUAUUCUCCUCUUGGAGUGGAUUACUUCCAAACAAGAACAAGAGCGAAGUCUUCAUUUCAGGAGGCUCUCUGUCUAUCCACAACUACAUAUUGCUAGCUUUUGGUUUUCAGGAAGGUUCACUCCCGGUGCGUUACCUUGGAGUACCUAUUAUUUCCUCCAGGCUUCGGAAGACUGA